AUGCCCAGCACCGCCCCCUCAGAGGCCGACUCGACGGUGGCUCACCACCAGCCGCCACGCUCGCACAGGACGUUCCGUCUCAUCACCAUCGCCUCAUUUCUCCCCGCGUUUCCCCUCUGCCUGACCCACGGCAUCCUCUCGCACAACCCCGUUCCCGCGGUCGGCCUCGUUCCUCUUGCGUUUUCUGCUAGUGGCGGUGUGUUUCUGCUUCGUCGACGCGAUGAUGAUGCUGGACUUGCUCUGAAGCUGUCGCACCCUGUGCUGGUCUUUGUUUGCGACGUGAUACUCUCUGCUGCCUUUAUGGUGGUUUUGGUCUUUACAUGGAUCUCAAAGGGUGAUUCAGCUUCGCUGAGUAUGCUGGCUGCCUAUGCGACUAUUCCUCUGCUCGUCAAUUUUCUCAUCCACCUCCUCCUUGCCCUGGAAGCUUUCUACACAGGACUCGCCAUCCAUAGUCUCGUCCAAUGGCUCGCCUGGAGAACACUCCCACCCGACUGCCCCAACUGCAACCACCGGCUCCGACCAGAUUUCCCCGAACUGCCCUGGCUGGAGCGUAUACGACAGCAACGACAUGGGGAGUAUGCCACCUUGUUUGUCGACGAAGAGCAUCGAUAUCACGAUGAAGAGGAUGAGCAGGCUCUGGACCGUGCUGCUGAGGAAGCAGCUGAGGCUGAGGCUGCAGCCACCGAUGUUGUGCCAGAGGCUGUUGAGGUGAGGAGGAAGAACAGCCGCAAGAGCAAGACGACUACACCACCAUCUCGAGAGGAGCCCGUGUCUCCAUGGGGUUCAUAG